UCCGGUUUGCCCUUUAUGGCUUUUGGAUGUUGUCAUUGGUUGAACCCGUACUGUUGAAGGAAGCAGGCUUCACUAGCUACAACUUCUGACUGAAUACCAAGACAUAAUUCAAGAAUUUACAACGAUGAUGCGAAGACUGCGAACAACAACUGUCAAAGUUGUUGAGAAGAAUGAAUACACAGACUCCGACUUAGACUUGUCCAUUACCCAGCCAGUGAGUAGUGAUGAGGAUUGUGAUGAAUGGAGGCCAUCAGAGCCAAAGCUAAAAGCCCCGACUAAAACAGCUGGAGCCCCCUCAACGGCCGGGGAGAAGAAAGCAGCUGUCAAGAGAACUGCAAAACCAAAGGAGCCAAAAGCACCCAAACAACCUAAAGCUCCUAAAGCUCCUAAAGUGCCUAAAGUUCCUAAGCCAAGAGCACCACGCAAAACUGUAGCAGUGCGAAAAACACAGGUCCCUAAAGUUGGGAAGGAUUGCAGUGCAACUGCGUUGGCUGGAACAAAGAGGAAAAAUAUUGAUGAAGGCAGAAAAGAUGAUAAAGCUGGAGAGGACAAAGGAGAAACACAAACAGACUGUCCAGAGGGAGCGAGGGCUGAAGAGAGUGGGCCUAGUAUCAGAAUGAAGUCUGAGAGGGUAUCAUUUGUCGUGUCAGAAGCCCCUCAGGCAGACUUAUGGGCAGGCGAGGGGUCAUCACUAGCUGGGCUAAAACCAAAAAAAGAGGAAGUGGAGGAUUUCACGUUUGAUGAGCCGUGUCAAAAGAAACAGAAGACCAGUGGUGCCUGCCGGGGACAACCAACGGCUCUACCAUCAUCAGAAGCACACGCUCUGAGGAAUGAACUCAAUAUGUGCUGGGACUUAAUAGAGCUGUCGUCCACCCUGACAUGUGUGGAGCAAUGGGUGUGUGUGAAUAUCAUUGGACUGCUUCGUGAGGAGAACACAGUGCCGUUCAUGGUGCGUUACCGCAAAGACAUGAUUAACCACAUGGAUGCUGAUGCCGUCCGAGACGUCCAGAUGGUAUAUGAAGAGUUAUGCGCUCUAGCCAAGAAGACCCAGUCUGUGAUCCAAACCCUGAAGAAGGAUGAGGUUUUGACAGUUGAGCUGGAAAAAAACCUGAGGAGCUGCCGAUCAGCUGAUGAACUGGAUCAUGUGUAUUCUCCCUAUAAGAAAGGCAGUAAGCUGACGAAGGCUCGCAGGGCCAAAGCACUUGGCCUUGAGCCAGCUGCCGCUGCUCUCAUGGACACACCGCACACUCUGGAUUUAAAGGCAUGGGUAAAACCUGGAGCUGAAGGUCUGUCAUCGGUGGAAGAAGUGUCUACAGGUAUCGAGCAUAUCUUGGCAGAUAUGAUCUCCAAAGACCCAGAGACACUCACUUACGUGAAAACAUUGUGUGAGAAAAGCUUUGUGACCAUCCAGUCCUCUGUGUCCAAGUCGGCACUAAAGGAAAAAGAGCAGGAGAAGUCUGUCCAAGGCCACAAAAAAACAGGGACCCAGUUUAACAAAAACAAGGACAUUGACAAGUUCCACCUUUACGUUGACUACACCGCCAACAUCCAACGUAUCCAGCCCCAUCAGACCCUGGCUAUUAACCGAGGGGAGAGUCUGAAGAUUUUGACAGUGAAGGUGAACAUUCCCGACAGGGUGAAGAGUGACUUCACUUGGUGGUGCGUCAACAACAGGUGGAGGCCGAGGACAUUAGCAAGAGAAGAGCUUGGUGCAAUCAUCAGGAAUGCAGUAGAGGACUCUUAUAAAAGGCUCAUUCUGCCUUUCCUCACUAGAAGUUACAGGACUAAGCUGACAAGUGCAGCAGAGAAGGAGUCAAUCGCCAUGUUUGUGCGGAACCUCCGGCAGCGCCUGUUGGUGUGUCCAGUCAGGGGCUCUGUCAUCAUGGGGGUGGAUCCUGGCUUUCGACAUGGCUGUAAGCUGGCAGUUCUCUCCCCCACUAGUCAGAUUCUCCACACUGAUGUUGUGUACCUGCAUAAUUCAGGCCAGCAAAAAGAAGCAGACAAACUGCGCCACCUUAUGAUGAAAUACAGCUGUGCCAAGGUUGUCAUUGGCAAUGGGACAGCGUGUCGUGAGACUGAGUCCGUCUUUGCUGACCUCAUCUUGAGGCGCUGCUUUCACCCCAUGGACGUGUCUUACUGUAUAACCAAUGAGGCAGGAGCAUCCAUCUACAGUGUGAGUCCUGAGGCGGUCAAAGAGAUGCCAGAAAUGGACCCCAACCUGAGGAGUGCAGUAUCCAUUGGAAGACGUGUCCAAGAUCCGCUGGCGGAGCUUGUGAAGAUUGAUCCUAAACACAUCGGCAUUGGAACAUACCAGAUAUUAAAUGCAGCUUUGGCAGUUCUUAAGAAUACCUGAGUGAAAUCUUGCGCC